CCUCCUGUGGUACAUACCUCCUCCUCCAACCAAUGGUAUUAUAAAUACAGGACACACACAAAGCCGUAGCAGCUAAUAGGAUGGAGUCGGGGUGGGUCUUGUGUGCUGUUGUAUUUUCAUUGACCUGCAUGGGAAAAGGUGGCCAUUCACAGGCAAAUGUGUGUGGCAUUGCUUCUCUCAACACAAAGAUUGUCGGGGGUCAGGCUGCAGCUGCAGGUAGCUGGCCAUGGCAGGCCAGUCUGCACCGCUCCAACCGCCAUUUUUGUGGAGGCUCCCUUAUCAACAAAGAGUGGGUGCUGACUGCCGCUCACUGCUUCCCCAGCACCAGCACGUCCGGCCUGCUUGUCUACCUGGGCCGGCAGAAUCAGCAAAGCAUCAACUCCAACGAGGUAUCCCAAACGGUCUCUCAGAUCAUCUGCAACCCGAACUACAACAGUGCAACCAGCGACAAUGACAUAUGUUUGCUGAAGCUCUCAUCACCUGUCACCUUCACUGACUACAUCCAGCCGGUCUGCCUGGCAGCAGUGGACAGCACCUACUACACUGGCACUAAUAGCUGGGUCACCGGAUGGGGCAAUAUCAAUAGUGAUGUGCCCCUUCCCUCACCCGGGACCCUACAGGAGGUGACUGUGCCAGUAGUGGGGAACAGGAAGUGUAGCUGUCUCUAUGCUGGAUUUAGUUCAAUCACAAACAACAUGAUCUGUGCUGGUCUACUGAGUGGAGGAAAAGAUUCCUGUCAGGGAGACUCCGGGGGGCCAAUGGUGAGCAAACAGGGUCUGGUCUGGAUCCAGUCUGGGGUUGUGAGUUUUGGAAAAGGCUGUGCCGUAGCAAAUUUCCCAGGAGUGUACACCAGAGUGUCCCAGUACCAGACCUGGAUCAACAGCCAGAUCAGCACUGACAUGCCAGGCUUCGUCACCUUCUCCUCCAGUGGGACUGACUCUGAUCUCAAUGUCACCUGUAAUGCACUGUCCAGUGGGGCCUCACUCUUCUCCCUCUCUCCUUUUCUUGUCUUUCUCUAUCUAUUGUCCCAGCCAGGCUUCAGCACCACCGCAGCCACACUGGAGACGGCGGGCUGGACCGGCUUUCCUGAGGAACUACAGGACACACACAAAGCCGUAGCAGCUAAUAGGAUGGAGUCGGGGUGGGUCUUGUGUGCUGUUGUAUUUUCAUUGACCUGCAUGGGAAAAGGUGGCCAUUCACAGGCAAAUGUGUGUGGCAUUGCUUCUCUCAACACAAAGAUUGUCGGGGGUCAGGCUGCAGCUGCAGGUAGCUGGCCAUGGCAGGCCAGUCUGCACCGCUCCAACCGCCAUUUUUGUGGAGGCUCCCUUAUCAACAAAGAGUGGGUGCUGACUGCCGCUCACUGCUUCCCCAGCACCAGCACAUCCGGCCUGCUUGUCUACCUGGGCCGGCAGAAUCAGCAAAGCAUCAACUCCAACGAGGUAUCCCAAACGGUCUCUCAGAUCAUCUGCAACCCGAACUACAACAGUGCAACCAGCGACAAUGACAUAUGUUUGCUGAAGCUCUCAUCACCUGUCACCUUCACUGACUACAUCCAGCCGGUCUGCCUGGCAGCAGUGGACAGCACCUACUACACUGGCACUAAUAGCUGGGUCACCGGAUGGGGCAAUAUCAAUAGUGAUGUGCCCCUUCCCUCACCCGGGACCCUACGGGAGGUGACUGUGCCAGUAGUGGGGAACAGGAAGUGUAACUGUCUCUAUACUGGAUUGGGUUCAAUCACAAACAACAUGUUCUGUGCUGGUCUACUGAGUGGAGGAAAAGAUUCCUGUCAGGGAGACUCCGGGGGGCCAAUUGUGAGCAAACAGGGUCUGGUCUGGAUCCAGUCUGGGGUUGUUAGUUUUGGAAAAGGCUGUGCCGAAGCAAAUUUCCCAGGAGUGUACACCAGAGUGUCCCAGUACCAGACCUGGAUCAACAGCCAGAUCAGCACUGACAUGCCAGGCUUUGUCACCUUCUCCUCCAGUGGGACUGACUCUGAUCUCAAUGUCACCUGUAAUGCACUGUCCAGUGGGGCCUCACUCUUCUCCCUCUCUCCUUUUCUUGUCUUUCUCUAUCUAUUCCAAUAGAGGACACACUAAAAGUGGAUGCUUAACUUUACUCACUGUAUGUGAAAAGUACUGGGAUAGUAUGUUUAUACGCUGAACAAUAAGUGAUGGGUUUAAUUUAAUAUGAAUCUACUGUAUCUAGUAAUAUUUGUUGAUUGUGAUGUAAGUCAUUAAGUUGGACAGCAAAUGUCAUUGUGCUAUGGGAUUACAUUUGGUUGUUUAUCAGAGCUCAGUUUAUGAUUGUUGUUUGCAGUUAUGCUUAGCUAUCACACUCAAUGAAUACAACUUGUUUUUCUACAUUUUUCUCCAUUUAAUCAUGAAGUUAUGUAUAUUUUGUCCAUCUUGAGUAUACUGUAUCUGCAAAUAACAUUUACAUUAAAUAAAUACACUAUUUACAGUGAACUACA